AGGAGGAGGAGGGAUUUGAAGCCAACUCCAGCGCUUCUGCUAGUUGUAUUUUUGUAACAGUAACACUUGAGGAUUUUUUUUCCACUCUGAAGAAACAAAGUCCUAGAAUCAGGAUGCACUUCUUUCACAUACUCGGUUGGGGACUUGUGCUGGCUGUGCUGUGUGUGCAGAUGGAGGCAAAGCCCACUGCUCAGACACAUCAGAAGUCACUUCGGGCUUUGUUGGGUGAGGAAUUGGCUGAAUAUUUAGCUUCUGGAGAAAGAAACAUCGACCCUAAAACUCGUGCCAGGCUUCUACGGGACCUGCGUGCUGACACCCGUUCCAGAGCAGCCUGGGCAAGACUACUAAACGAGCACCCCAAUACCCGCAAAUUUAAAGGCAUAAACAAGAAAGGUCUAUCCAAAGGAUGCUUUGGCCUCAAACUGGACCGAAUCGGAUCCAUGAGCGGCUUGGGGUGCUAGAAGUUGGAGCACCAUCUAGUGGCGGCUCCGAACACUGACAACGGUUUUCUGAUCACUGGUCGUUAUCCUGUCUUAGAGUAGACGCCCAGCUGAGAAUCUUACGUGUCCAUAUGCAAGAGAUUUCCUCAGCGGGGAACAGGCCGGUACGAUGGGACAUAGGACCUGCUGUUACCACAUCUCUGUCUUCAUUCUGUUCCCAGCGCACAAGAGCCAUACACGUGCGUGUUGUGUUCACAUCUGUAAUGAGGGCUGCCUAGAUGUUUACAUAUCAGCGUUCCGACACGUGCUUCACCUUUUGGUGGCCAAGCAGACUGUCAUGCGUGUUUUCCACGUGUAGGAGGUGUCUAAACUCUGUAUGUGCCAAUCCAUUCCUAGCUCAUGGCCUGUUGACGUUUCCGUCUCAUGGACAUCUUCUCUAGGUCACACUUAAACCCCUUUUAUGCCAUUUUGGUUUUAAUUCAUGUAGAUUAGACCCAUCACAACUCAAGGUGUUCAAAAUAAGUUUUCUGCUUCUGACUGGAGUGUAAUAAGGCACAUCAGGCGUUUAGCUGCCAGUCUUUGUCAGAUUUAUGUAAAGUUUACCUAUUCAAACAGGAGUAAGAUAAAACCAUGACGCAUUUUGGGUCGUCUCCCGAGUACUAUCACAAGGGAAGGUUAGUUUGUUUAAUUUAAUUUUACUGGCUGCUCAACUAAUUCUAAUCCUGUGUGUUAGACGUCACUUUUGACAAAGCUAAUUAAGUAAAUAAUUUGUCGAUGCUCCGUAUGACAUAGCUAAGAUGUAAAAGUAUUGUUUUUGUGUUUUUACUUGUAACCUAACUAAAGCACUGUUGGGUUCACAGUGCAGCAAUUGGUACAGGGAAUUUACAGUUUAAUCGAGACUCCUGCAAUACAUAACUUGCAGCUCGGGCAAAGUUACCAGCAGAUGAUCCAGACCAAAUUAUCCAUCAGUGUUGUGUGCCAUUGGGUUGCUCUGGGGAUUAGGUUCUUCAACAGUUUUAAAGUAGAAUUAGACAAGAGGUAAAGAAAACUGCCCCUAUAUAUCUAUUAAACUCUGUAACAAGCCAGGUUCUUGUCGGCAUUAGACGGCUACAACCGAAUAAGCCUUGGAAAUAAAAUCUUACGUUUCAAACUA